UCAACCGCCAACUAAGUUACUUUGUGUUGUGUCACGCGCAGGAAGUUCUCCAGUCGCUUGUUUUAAAGGAAACCGGAUUUGUGUUGACCCAGACGAACACUCCAUGUUAGGUGUGAGGUAUGAAAUGACAGCUUUUCGCCUUUUUUAAACGGGAAUCCCGGUGUUCCGUGAAUCGCUCCUACUGUGUAGCUAACAGUAAAGAAGCCUCAUGUUUUCGUCGAGCCAGGAGGAGCACUGCGCCCCGUCCAAAGACCCGGUCAAGUACGGGGAGCUGGUCGUUCUGGGGUACAACGGCUCCCUGCCCAAUGGAGAUCGGGGUAGACGGAAAAGCAGAUUUGCGCUAUACAAGAGGACCAAAGCCAAUGGUGUUAAGCCAAGCUCUGUGCACAUCCUCAACACACCCCAGGAUAGCAAGGCCGUGAACUGUAAAGGCCAGCACAGCAUCUCCUACACGCUGUCCAGGCACCAGACGGUGGUGGUGGAGUACAGCCAUGAUAAAGACACAGACAUGUUUCAGAUUGGACGCUCCACUGAGAGUCCCAUAGACUUUGUGGUUACGGACACAAUAGCAGGAGGCCAGGAGGGCGAGGAGACCCUGAUCACACAGAGCACCAUCUCCCGCUUCGCCUGCCGAGUUGUCUGUGAACGUGACCCGCCCUACACUGCACGCAUCUAUGCAGCUGGAUUCGACUCCUCCAAAAACAUCUUCCUGGGGGAAAAAGCUGCAAAGUGGAAAAACCCAGAUGGUCACAUGGACGGCCUAACAACCAACGGGGUUCUGGUAAUGCACCCUAAAGGGGGGUUUACGGAAGAGUCCAAGCCAGGCGUUUGGAGAGAGAUCUCAGUUUGCGGUGAUGUGUAUACGCUGAGGGAGACCCGCUCGGCUCAGACUCCUGGAAAACUGGUGGAGAAUGAGAGUAACAUACUGCAGGAUGGCUCCCUGGUGGAUUUGUGUGGUGCCACGUUGCUGUGGCGUACCGCUGAGGGUCUCUUUCACACUCCCACCCAGAAGCACCUGGAGGCUCUGAGGCAGGAGAUCAACGCUGCGCGGCCCCAGUGCCCUGUAGGUCUUAAUACCCUCGCAUUCCCCAGCAUGCAACGCAGUCGAGUCCUUUCGUCUCUGGAGGACAAGCAACCUUGGGUUUACUUGGCAUGCGGCCACGUGCACGGCUACCACAACUGGGGCCACCGCACAGAGCAGGGGCCCAACAACCAGCGUGAGUGUCCCAUGUGCCGAGUAGUGGGUCCCUACGUUCCGCUGUGGCUGGGCUGCGAGCCAGCUUUCUACGUGGAUACUGGUGCGCCUACGCACGCCUUUGUGCCGUGCGGACACGUGUGCUCGGAGAAGUCAGUCAAGUACUGGUCGGAGAUCCCUCUUCCCCACGGCACCCACGCCUUCCACACCGCCUGCCCCUUCUGCGCCACUCAGCUCAGCCUCACUCAGGGCUGGUCGAAGCUCAUCUUCCAGGGCCCAGUGGACUGAGCCCAUGUCUGCUUCAGCAGGGAACAGGAACGUGCUGGGAAACGGUUCCGAUUACUGUUCUGCUUUCUUUUAGUGUAAGCCCACCUUGGAACGAAAUCAGUUCAUUUACUGUGAAUACUUCACAACAUUUCAAAUUUUUCGGGAGCGUUUUUGGCGGUUUGGAUGGCCACUGUGAUAAACGAUGAGGAGGAGCAGACCGAACCACAAACUCCUUCAGAAUGAAAUACUGUCCUGCUGGGUUUCCAUCAGCUUACUGUAAAACAGGUUGUUGAAGCAACGGGCUGAAUUCGAUUCAAGCUAACAAGGUAAAUCAGGUCUUGUUUAUACACAAUUCAGGUCCUGAUGGGCUUGGAACAAAGUUUCCCCAGAGCCAGACAGCUGGACUGUUGGCUGGGAGAAAAGCCAGGAGAAACUUGGGGUUUAAUUCUCCCCAUCUGCUCCUCUUGGCUGUCAACGCUGAAAGGCAUCCGAAUCAUCCCCACUCACUAAAAGUGGCUUCCAUUCACCAAACUUCAAGGAGACAAACUUUUUGUGUACAGAGACAAAAUCCAGUGCCUCAAGUCCCAACAAACUGGGAAUAUUUUUACUAAAGUUUCAAAGAAAUAUAUAUAUUUUGUUGAAGGUAAAGACAUAGUUUUACAUACAGAACAUAAAACGACAGCCCACAUGGAUUCUAACACAAGUGGUAUUUUACUACACUGAGUCCCUUUUAAUGUUUUUUCUAAUGCAAAUGUUAAUAUAUAUUUUUCUCCUUCGUUUCUAAAGUGUGAGAAUGAGUGCAGGUGUGGUUAUAUGUGAAGAUGGGUUGGUUGCAUCAUUUCACCCAAACCCCCUUUAAUGAUCUUGUCCCACCACCUAAAAUAUGCUGACGGAGUCGAU